AUGGCCGAUAGCGAGUUCGAACACAGUUUAAAGUCUGAUCAAAAUGUAACAAAACAAACACCGUUGGGACCUCGAGCCGUAACGAUUUACAAAACUGAAACGGGGUUUGGGUUUAAUGUGAGGGGUCAGGUUAGUGAAGGGGGACAGCUACGUAGCAUCAAUGGUGAACUUUAUGCACCUUUGCAACAUGUCUCUGCUGUUCUUGGAGGCGGAGCUGCAGAAAAAGCAGGAAUUCGUAAAGGUGAUCGAAUUCUUGAAGUUAAUGGUGCUUCAGUUGAAGGAGCUACACAUAAACAAGUUGUUGAGCUCAUUAAGUCAGGUGGAGAUGUUCUUACUUUGACUGUGAUAUCGGUGACUCCGCAGGAAGCGGAAAGAUUGGAACCAUCAGAUGAUGCUCCUACAUAUGCUUGUAUAGAUUAUUCAGAAAAGAGAUCCCUUCCAAUCUCUAUACCUGAUUAUCAUUACCUUGAAAGAGGAGGUGACAGAUAUGUUGUUUUUAACAUAUAUAUGGCUGGUAGACAUUUGUGUUCUAGAAGGUACAGAGAAUUUUCAAAUUUGCACACUCAACUUAAAAGGGACUUUCAAGGAUUUUCAUUUCCUAAACUACCAGGAAAAUGGCCAUUCGUUUUGAGCGAGCAGCAAUUGGAUUCUAGAAGGAGAGGAUUGGAACAGUACUUAGAAAAAGUAUGCGCGGUUAGAGUGAUUGCAGAAAGCGAUGCAGUGCAAGAAUUUCUAACCGACAGCGAUGUACAGGAUAAUGUCUCACCGGUUGAUCUCAAAGUUUUGUUACCAGAUCAGGAAAUUGUCACUGUAACCAUUUACAAAAGUGCCAAUGCAGAAGAAGUAUAUAAAGCGGUUAUAGGAAAAAUUGGAAUGUCAGUAAAUUCAUCAAAAUAUUUUUAUUUGUUUGAAAUAGUCGAAUAUAAUUUUGAACGAAAAUUACUUCCCAAUGAAUAUCCGCAUAAUUUAUACAUACAAAACUACAGCACGGCCAGUUCGACGUGUUUAGCAAUCAGAAAAUGGAUAUUCACUCUGAGUAAAGAAUUAAGUUUAAAACACGACGAUCUUGUUACGUCAUAUAUAUUUUGGCAAACCAUUGAUGAAGUUAACAGGGGCCACAUAAUUGCAAAAGAUAGAUUGUAUCAAUUGAAAGCUUUGCAAGAUUCUUCAAGAAAAAAUGAGUACCUUCAACUUGCUCGCGAAUUACCCGGUUACGGUGACGUAGUAUUUCCACAUUGUUCUUGUGAUAGUCGUAAAGAGGGUCACGUGAUUGCCGCCGUAGGAAUGAAAAGUUUUCGUUUGCACGCGUGUCGGGAAGAUGGAACGUUAGAAAAUCAAGUUGUCGAAUUUGAAUGGCCUUCGAUAAAAGAAUGGGAAGCCGACGAUGAAGCUGUGGCCUUUUGUUUUCAAUAUCAAAAACCUGACAAGAAUCCGCGAUGGGUUAAAAUUCACACUCCUUACUAUUUGUUCAUGUCGGAUUGUUUCGAUAGAAUAUUAGAAGAGUCUAAAUGGGAGGACACGGGAGAGUGA